AGUUGACAUGAAUCUUAAACUAUUUAUUUUAACUAUAUCUUUAAUUCAAUACAAUUUUAUCUAUGUGGAUUGUAAAAUUAAUCAAACAGCAUACUUAAAUUAUUUAACUAAUGUAAUAGAUCAUAUGUUUAUUCAAAAUGGAUGGAUGUCUAUGAAAAACUUAUAUUUUGAUUCGAUUAGAAAUUUAAGUGAUCCAGAUUUAAUUAUGCAAAAAUUUGACAGAUAUAAUAUACUAGGUAUUUUCUAUAAUAUUGUUCAAAAUUUAAAUUAUAGGUAUAACGAAAUACUUUUAAGAUUCGUGGAAUUGUUAAAUAUUAAUGUCGAUAUAUGUUUAAAUUUUUUUGAAGCUAAUUUAAUGGACAAAUUUUCUUAUUGUUCAUUUUUACUCGAAAAAGCAAUAAAAAAUUCAUUGAUAAUGUUUGAAAGCUUAUAUAAUGCUAUAACAUUUAUAAGUUAUAUAUACUUUAACUUGAAACAUUUUAAAUUUGACAUUCUUGAUUUACAAAAUAACUUGUUCGCCGCAGUUGACGACAUUUAUGAGAUAAAAAACCAUAAAUAUUUAAAAAUAAUACGGAACGAGCAUCUUUAUGGUAGUAUUCAAGAAUUUCUAGAUAUAAAAGAGUUCAUUGAUGAUGUAUAUAAAAUUGCAAAUAACUUUUUCGAGAAUAAUAAAUCUAUAAUAAAUAAUGCUGAGAAAGUUAAUGUCAAGGUUAUUUGUGAAAUGGAAUACUCGUCAUACAUUAAUGAUUUCCCAAGUUUUGUAUCUUUUAUGUAUCAUAAAAUCAAUUUGUUUUACACUGAAACCAUUAAAAAUAAUUACGAGGAUCUUGGAUUUAUUCAGUUGAUAAAUCCAAUAGAUCAUAAAUUUAAACCUCCUAAAGAUAAAACUAUUAAUCAAGAACUGGGAAUCACAAUACUCAAUUCUCUGUUUAACGAGGGUAAUUGGGCUUCAUUUAGUCAAAUAGAUAUAAAAUUUGAUGAUUUAAAAAUAAGUGCCAAACAUGUGAUAAGAGACCUGGCGACAGAUCAUAAUUUUCAUCUUAAGAAACAUUACUUUACACAAAUGGUGAGGUGCAGAUUUUUUGAAGUACUUUUAAAUUACAAUACAUUGUUAAGUGCUUUAAAACAACUGUGUAUAACUUUAAAAAACGAAAAUAAUUAUGUAAAAUGUGUAACAUGUCUUUUUGACGCAAUUAAUGAUACAGUGACAAUGUUCGACUUUAUGCUGACAAUUAUAGAAAAAAUAAAACUAUCAUCAAUUUGGCAACCCAAUAAAUCAUAUUCUGAUUUACAAUCAACUCAUAAAUUGAUAUAUAAUUACGUAGUUGAGCUGAGAACUAAAAAUGUAUUACGGGAUAAGUUUGUGAACAAUCCUGAAGUAAACAUUGAAAAAUUAGCUGAUGAUUACAUUAAAAAUGUUGAAAAUACAAGAUAUAAGUUUAUUAAGAUGCUAAAUACUUUAAAAAAUCCCAAAAGAAAUCGUUGUUUUUUAGAUGGUUUAUUAAUAAAUAAGAAAAAUGUAGUAAUUAAAUUUCAAGAAAAUGCAAAUAUUAUUAAUAAAAGAUCAGAUGAAACACAUGUCACUGAGUAUGAACUAAUUACGAAAUAUUUAUAUAAUUUUUGUAAAAAAUUUGUUAAAACGGAUUAUGUAGAUACCGGUUUUCAUAAAAUACAUCAAAAUUAUUUUUGGCAAUGGAUAUAAACAAUUUUUGUUUAUCAAAGUGUAAUAUAACAUUUGUAUGAUCGAAAUAUAAUACUGAUGUUUAAUUAGAAUUAUUCUGAUAUAAGAUAUAGGUGCUCUUUUAUAUAUAUAACUUUAUAACAGUAUUUAUUGCUGAAACAUAUAAACUGUAUGAUUUUUUAAUUAUAAGGAAGUAUUGGUUAAAAUAUUAAGUUCAAAACAGAAUAAUAUCUUUAAAUAUUGAUUU